AUGUCCCCACGAGAAUUGGGAGGAACCAGCAAGUCAAUCGCAGACAAGUUCGACAUUACUACUACUGGGCCAGCUCAAGAAAGCGAAACUGCACCUCUCCUUGCGAGUUCGUCGAGGCCAUCCAACCUCCAUUCUCCGAGACGUCAUAGUACAAAUACUCUCAAGCGAGCUCCAGCGAGUCGCCAAUUCAUCGACGCUCAAAGGACAACACAUUCCCACGACGUCCUUCAUUUUCACUCCUCAGACGAACCUACGUAUUUCGAUUUCAUCAUGGAGAAGGUCAAAAACACCAAGUUGGCCUACUAUGUAGACAAACUCGCCGUGGAGAGCGAGCCGGGUCUCACCAAUGCCCAGCUGAUGUUAAACAACCACGAUUUGAAACCGGUAGAGCCAGCUCGACGACUAUGGGGUCCCUGGAAUUUUGUGGGCUUCUGGGUGGCCGAUUCCUUCAACAUCAACACCUGGAUGAUUUCGUCGUCCAUGAUUGUUUCUUCCGGUCUCUCGUGGUGGCAGUCGUGGAUCUGUGUCUGGCUAGGCUACUCCAUUGCAGCUUGCUUUAUUGUGAUGACGGGACGUAUCGGUGCGACCUACCACAUCUCCUUUCCCGUGGUCGCUCGUUCCUCGUUUGGAAUCUGGGGUGCUCUGUGGCCGGUGUUCAAUCGAGCAGCGAUGGCUUGUAUCUGGUACGGUGUGCAGGCAUGGAUUGGAGGCAAUUGUGUCAAGCUCAUGAUCUCUUCCAUUUGGCCAUCGUUCGAAAAGAUUCCAAACGGUAUUCCAAACUCGGGUACGACGACGAUGGAUUUCGUUGCCUUCUUCCUGUUCUGGGCUGGAUCCUUACCCGCGAUCUGGUUUCCAGUCCACCAAAUCCGCCAUUUGUUUACUGCUAAAGCAAUCGUGGUCCCUACUGCCGGAUUGGCCUUCUUUAUUUGGGCUAUCGUUCGGGCUCAUGGUCUGGGACCCAUCGUCCAUCAACCUGCGGAGGCCAGCGGCUCCAAGUUGGGCUGGGGGAUGGUAAUGGGAAUCAUGUCUUCAAUUGCCAAUUUCGCAACCCUCAUCGUUAACGACCCCGAUUUCGCUCGUUUCGCUAAGAAACCAAAGGAUGCCUUCUGGUCGCAAUUGUUCACAAUUCCUCUCGGUUUCGCCAUUACCUCUUUCAUCGGCAUUAUUGUGUCUUCGUCCUCUACCGUUAUUUUCAAAGGCGACCCAAUCUGGAACCCUCUUGAGCUCCUUCAGUCAUUCCUGAACGAGGGCGGAUCCAAGAAUCGCGCCGGUGUGUUCUUUAUUGCUAGCGCAUUCUGUCUUGCCCAACUUGGCACCAAUAUUGCAGCCAAUUCUGUUUCAGCGGGAACCGACAUGACAGCCCUCCUCCCACGGUACCUCAACAUUCGACGCGGCGGUUAUGUCUGUGCUCUUGUCGGUCUUGUGAUGUGCCCAUGGAAUCUUCUCUCCUCGGCGAACAACUUUACUACUUACCUGUCUGCUUAUUCCGUAUUCCUUUCCUCCAUUGCUGGUGUCAUCAUUUGUGACUACUAUAUUGUGCGAAAAGGCUACCUCGAGGUCAAGGAACUGUACUCUGCCAGAGCCAACUCACCGUACUACUUUACCUUUGGGUUCCACUGGCGCGGUUACACUGCUUAUAUUUGCGGCAUUCUCAUCAACAUCGUUGGCUUUGUCGGUGCGAUCGGUAAACCAGUACCUAUGGGUGCAACGUACAUCUAUCGUCUGAACUUCUUCUGUGGAUUCAUUGUUGCUUCUGGUAGCUAUUGGGCACUAUGCAAAUUCUUCCCGGUCCCUGCCACGAGCGAUGUAUGGAUGGAGGUUGGGGAAGAUAUUACCGAAGUCAGCAUGGCUUACGACAACGACUCCGGGGAAGUGUACAGGGAGGGAAGCAGAGACAGUGGAGCUAAGGGAUUUUCUGCCGGAGAAGCGAAGAUGGAUUUGGAACGAUAA